AUGAAAGUCAUGGAUCGAUUUUCACCUUCACGCGAACGUAGAAAAUUUCAAGUUAUUAUAAAGAAUCUUCCUUUCAGCGUGAAGUGGAAGACCCUCAAAGAUAAGAUCAAAGAAGUUGUUGGUGAUGUUAAGUUCGUCAACGUCGUUGAGCUUGCUGAUGGGCGCAGUGCUGGGUUCGGCUACGCUGAGUUUUCCAAUCACGGCGAUAUGGAAACAUGUAUUCGUCAGAUGCACCGGAAGCCCUUUGAAGGGCGAGACAUAAAAAUAUUUCGCGACAGCGAUGAGGUCGAACUUCGUGAAUGUAUGCAACUCGCGGGUCUUUCUAUGACAAACCUUCCACAGAAACAAUUUCAAUCUGGAAGCGGGUAUCUGGGCGGAUCAGGUGACCGGCGACCUGGAGCGCCGGCUACCUUAAAUGGAAUUCCAAUACUAGAAGCCAUACCGGGCUUCGAUGUUGAUGACGAUACAAUACAGCGUCUCGGAGAAGGACCUAUUUCGAAUUCUAUUUUUGUCCAUAAUAUCUUGUUUGACGUUACGAUUCCAGAACUGAAAGACGUCUUUUCCCUCGCCGGAUCGGUGAUAGACGUAGACAUUCCCAAACCGGGCCUCGCUGUUAUUACAUUUUCCUCGAAAGAAGACGCUAUCCGAGCUGUGCUUCUGUUGAACCAACAAGAACUAUGUGGCCGAAAAUUAAUGGUAAAAAUCGAUGGCGACAAGCGUAAAGUGAUGGAGCAAGAUAGCUUUGAGGAAGAUAAAUACGGAUUUUCAAACACUUAUCCGCCAAGAAAUUUCGCACCUCCUCCUCCUGUGACGAGACCGCCGCCAGCUCAUCCGGUGAUGCCUCCUUACGAUCCGAACGACCCGAGUCUUGCACGACCAGGAUACGGAGAGCCCUUUACUCGUGUUGAAAUUAGAAACUUGGAUAUAACUGUUACUACACAGGAAAUACGGGACUUAUUUGAGCGCGUCGGCGGUGUAGACAGAGUGCAGCUAUCUGAUGCGAAAUGUGAAGUUACUUAUUUUGAAGCGCGAGAUGCUCAAGCCUCUGUUGACCGAAUAACUGGCACACUUAUGCACGGCCGUCCGAUAACCGUUUUGCCUGCCAUGAGACACAUUUCAAUAUGGUAA